GAAACUCGGCUUGGUUUGGUAGACAGUGCUGUGAGGAACUGGAUAGUAUUAGUGCUGAAAGAAUCGGUAUUCAUAGUCAGAUUGCGAAACGGGAUAAUGCAGAAAAAUGUGUUUUUAGAGGAUAGUUUGCCAAAGUUGUGAGAUACUCUGAAGCCCAUUCAAUGGGUGGAUUACAGAUUUGCCAAAGUAUUCUCGAAUUGCCUUGUUUAGAAUGCACCUGGAGUCCAAAGGAUGCAUCUGGAUUACUGAGACUGAUGGCAGUCCAUUGCAAAUGUAUGGCCAAUAUAAAGAAGACUUAGAAGCUUACGCAAAAGCAGAAGCAAGGCGAUUGAAAACGUUACAAAAAUUAAGAAAGAAAGAAGAAACUAUUAGAAAGAAGCAACUAAAGACUUAUCGCAGUGCUUGGGAAAGGCGGAUUGCAGGGUACUUUACAGCAUUCUGGCAUCACACAUUUGCAAAGCUGGGGGAAGACUGGGUAUUCCUUGCUGUUUUAGGAAUUCUGACGUCAUUACUAAGUUUUGGAAUGGAUUAUGCAAUUGCCGUAUGCUUGAGAACUCGCAUUUGGUUAUACCGUGAUUUAGCUAAGCAUCCUGUUUUACAGUAUUUGGCUUGGAUAGCAUUCCCUUUGACGCUAAUUCUAUUUUCAUCUGGUUUUGUACAUAUGAUUGCGCCACAAGCAAUAGGUUCAGGCAUUCCUGAAAUGAAAACUAUUUUAAGGGGUGUGGUUCUGAAGGAGUACCUCACCUUCAGGACUUUAAUUUCAAAAGUCGUAGGCUUAACAUGUUCAUUAGGAAGUGGUUUACCUAUUGGCAAAGAGGGGCCCUUUGUACAUGUUGCAAGUAUAGUUGCUACCCUUCUUAGCAAGUUAGUUACUUCUUUCAAAGGAAUAUAUGAAAAUGAAUCCCGAACAAGUGAAAUGCUUGCCGCUGCCUGUGCUGUUGGUGUGGCCUGUAGUUUUGCUGCUCCCAUUGGAGGUGUUCUCUUUAGCAUUGAAGUAACGUCAGUGUUUUUUGCUGUGCGAAACUACUGGCGGGGAUUCUUCGCUGCUUGCUGUGGAGCUAUGGUAUAUCGACUCCUUGCUGUAUGGUUUAAAGAUGAAGAAACUAUUACUGCACUAUUCAAGACAAAUUUUUCUGUGGAUUUUCCAUUUGAUCCUCAAGAGCUUUUAGCAUUUGCUUUGAUUGGAGCAUUUUGCGGAUUUGCUGGCGCUUUGUUUGUAUGGCUCCACAGGCAAAUAGUAUAUUUCAACCGUCGACACAAGACUAUGAAUUCCUUCCUGCAAAGAAACCGUUUUAUGUAUCCUGCGAUCAUUACUAUAGUCAUUUCUAGUCUUACAUUUCCUUUGGGCUUAGGACAGUUUAUGGCGGCUGAGCUCACCAAUCAUGAAGUCAUGAAUGAGUUGUUUAGUAAUGUCACAUGGUCUGGUUCACAUCUUGCAGUAGAUGAUGCAAUAACCGUUAGUCACUGGACUACACCUUACACAAAUAUAUAUGUCAACCUUGCUGUAUUCAUUAUUAUGAAUUUUGUUACAACAACUGUUUGUGCAACUCUGCCAGUACCUGCUGGUGUUUUUAUUCCUAUUUUUCGUAUUGGUGCUGCCUUCGGACGUUUAGUAGGGGAGUGUAUGGCAGCAUGGUUUCCUGAAGGGAUAAGAAUGGGUGAUAAUAUAUUCAAGAUAUUGCCAGGAGGUUAUGCUGUUGUUGGGGCUGCUGCAUUAUCUGGGAGUGCUACUCACACUGUAUCUACAUCAGUUAUUGUUUUUGAACUAACUGGCCAAAUGUCACAUAUUUUACCCGUGAUCAUUGCGGUUCUGAUUGCAAAUGCCAUUGCUCAGUCUCUUCAGCCAUCCAUAUAUGAUAGCAUAAUACAAAUUAAAAAACUUCCAUAUCUACCUUCCAUUAUUUCCACUUCAUCUCAGGCUUACAACAUUUACGUAGAUGAUAUUAUGGUACGUGAGAUAAUAUAUAUAUCAGAAGGUGCUACAUAUAGAGAAAUUAAAGCAGUUUUGAAAGGCAACAAACGAUUGCAGUCAUUCCCAUUGGUAGAAUCUUCAGAAUCAAUGAUAUUACUGGGUUCUGUUCAAAGAAUAGAACUUAUGCGUUUAUUGGAAAGGCAUUUAGGUCGGGAACGCAGAUUGGAAGAAGUGGCCAGAAGACAAUCUGUAGAUGAAGGAACGUAUAAAGCUGCACAAGAACAAGAGAGAAGGAUGUCCAGGUUUGAAGUGAUUCCUGUUGCUGGGCAUGGAAGGUCUUCAUCAAGAGGCUCACCUCCACCAUCUCCUCCAAUGACUCCUACAUCUCCAAAAAAGUCUAUUUUAAAGCACUCUCCUAUGCAUUCUCCUUAUUCAACCAUCACAUCUAGUAUUGCACAUGACUCCAGAUUACGAGCUGCUUUUGAAGCAAUAUUUCGGAAAGCUUUGACUUUGCAAGAUGCAAAUCCAAGUGAGAAGUCAGAUAGUGGACCUCCUACUCCAAAUAUUCAGAAAAGAGUGCAAUUGCCUAAAGAAAGAGUUAUAGACAUGUCCCAGGAGGAGCAAUUAGCAUGGGAGGAAGAACAAUUAAAUGUUCCAGUAGAUUUUAGCAAAUGCCAUAUUGACCCUGCUCCCUUUCAGUUAGUCGAAAGAACUUCAUUAAUGAAGGUACAUUCCUUAUUUUCUAUGCUCGGGCUCAACCAUGCGUACGUGACUGCUAUUGGACGAUUAGUGGGAGUGGUGGCUUUGAAAGAGUUAAGAAAAGCUAUCGAGAAUAUGCAAGGAGGAAAUUUUGUACGGAAUGCACCUCUGUCAUUUGAAACUAUGAGCAUUUUAAAUAAUGCAUAUGGAAAUUCAGAUUAUCCUUCUGAACCUCCAUCGGAAGCAGCUUCUGAAGUUGAAACUCCAUCAGAAUCUGAAGAAGUUCCAGGACGCAGUAGGUUUGUUUUCAAUUUUAAAAAUAUCCAGAGGACUAGUCAGACGUCACCAGUUUGAUCUAUUCAUGUCAGCCAUUGCUGUUGUACAUAUUUGUUCUCUAUGGCUGUUAAAGGCAAAACACUCUGACAUGAUUCUUUACAUCAUGUUAAAUGGUCUUUCAGAAAUGUUGCACAAAAUUCAAAGUAAUUUGAGGGGGGGGAUCUUGUAUCAUUUACAUAGCUGUUGUAUACAUGACGUUGUUACCACUCUGAUACCACUUACUCUUCAAAAAUUAUUCAUUAAUGCAAAUUAUGAAGAAGUAUUUUACUAUUGUACUAAGUAUUGAUAAUGUGAGUUUUCUGAUCCAACCACAUCAUACACUAUUUUGUUCAUAUAUUUGAAAUGCAGUUUAGACUUUUAUGUAUUUUUGAAGUGUUACUUAUGCUAUUCUUCUUGAUGAUGUUUAUAAAUUUACCUAUUUAAUUAGACUCAUAUUUUAACUGUAAAGUUUAUAGAAUUAAUAGCAUUAAAUAAACAUGGAACUGGAAUUUAUUAAUUUCAAAGUGAUAUUACUGAAAGAAAUAUAAGUGUACUUGAUAUGUGGUUACCGCCUCAUCCGUGACCAUGAGCGCAAACACGUAUGCGCCAUUCGGACCGAAUUAUUCUCAAAAUAUGGUGGAAGGAUGGGGACUUUCUUUUCCUCGAGCAUAUAAAUUCUCUCUUUCCGGAGGUCUUCAUGUGACCUUUGACGUCGCAGCAAGUAAUAACGCCCCUUUUGGACGAGUCUAUGUGUUUUGGUAGAAUGCCAGCCAAGGUUACAUUUGAGACGGUCAAACUAUACCAAGACGCAGUCUAAUGUAAACACUUUUGUCACUAUACAAGCCCAACUCGAAUUACAAAAAAAGAAGGUGCAAUUAAUUAUACUCGAUUUUAAGCAAUGAAAUAUAACUGAAAUGUUAGUUAUUAUGCUCAGUAUCAUUAUAUGUUUUCCAUCAUUUCAGGCUUGUUAUACAUACUAAAGUUGUCAAAUGAAAUUUAAAAACUAUAAAUGGAAGAGUAUUGUGUAGCAGAAUGGAGAAACAACUCACGAGUUAUCAUCUAAGUUUCAUAUUUGUUUAUAUAUUCAUGAAAGAUUUUCUUUUGUGUUCAUGGUGUGUUAUAUAUUUUCAAGUUAUAUACAUUCCUUGCAUAUUUACUGAGAAUCAUAAUUUCCAGUUGAGGGCGAAUUUUAUGACAUGGUUUUAAUGUAUUAUAUAGAUAUGUAUCGGCAACUUUAUAUGUAUAGCUCUUCUGAUUGAAAUUAAUUUUUAAUUAAUUGUGGGGAGUUAAGUAUUUUAAACUUAAUUUAGAGAAAGUAGUAUUCGAGAUGAAAUAUUAGGAAGUGAUACUGAAGUUGAGAAAUUAUCUAUAAUAUAUAACAUAGUAUUUUAAUAAAGAAAAAUUCUUUUUAGCUGAAAUUGAGAUUAUUUUUUUAUUUUUUUAUUUAUUUUAACAUUAUUGAAAAUUCUACGAAGUUAAAAAAAACUACCAGAAAGAUAAACCGUGCCAAACCUUUUAUGAUUUUACUUUUAUGUGUUGUGGAAUAUAUUAUUUACUGGCAUUUACUUAAAAUUUAUUGCAUGAAUCUUAAUCAGAUUUUUCGACAUUGUAACGAGCAUUUAAUUUCAGGAAAGUAUUUUAAUAAGAGUUGUGUAUUUGAAAUGAAUAUGUUGGCAAUUUCUGAUAGAUGUUUUAAAAAUUAAAUAUAAUGAAUUAAUUUUAUUGUAUAAUAAAUUAUUAUAUACAUUAAAUGUAUGAUCAUAACUACUUAGUUGUAAUGUUUGGUGUAAAAGUGUGUGAUUUUGUUUUGUAUUUUAGUGUAAAAUAAUUAUGCAUUUUAACUGUGUUGUUGUAUCAACUGAAUUAUAGCUAUAAAGAUGUGAAAAUAUUUAUUUAACUUGGACUUAUUUUCUGAAAUUUUUACUAUGCAAUUCACAUAUUUUAUAAUAACAAUGUGAAGUAUUAAAAUACUUGUUGUUGCACUUCAUUGAGAAUUUUAUUUUUAUAUUUUGUAUGUACCAUAGAAUCUGCAUAAUAAUACAUAUCAUAAAAUUCUGAGAUAUCUGUUUAAAAAUAUAUAAAUUAUUCAAUGGCAACACUAAGUCUCUUAAUUUAUGUAGUAAUCUAUGAAUUAGAGUAUUUACCUCUUUGUAAUUUUUAUAUUCAUUUGCAAAUUGUGUGUUAAAGCUACAUACAAUAAUUAUUAUACAUUAUAAUUCCUUAUGAUGAUAUUUUAAGUUUAAUUUUUAUAGUAAAUUCCUGCUGUGAGAGACUCUGCCAUAUGUUUAUGAUUUAGUUAUUUUAUGGAAGGUUAUAUAAAUGAAUGUGCUUCACAUUUUGAAAUACUCUUAUAAUGUGUAGGAUUCUGUAAUCGUAAAAACUUGAAAAAUUUAAGAGCAAUUUUAUCAGCACUGGUUGUCUACUUGAAUAAGAUGUAACUAGUAAACUAAUGACAUGCUGUCACUCUAUUUUUUGAUAAUAGGAUCACAAUUUUUAACCUUAUCGAGCAAUCACCUAUAAAUGAAAUUUUGUUUUCUACCUUUGUAUACGGACAUUUCUUAAAACCAUAUUUUUUUAUGUUUACCCCUGGAAUGCAUUUCCCUUCAUUAUAAUUGAAUGCUGCACUUGAUUUUUCAUAGCUGAUGUUGAAAUGGUUUGUUGAGAAUUAAGUUGCAUAUAAAACUAUGAAACAUAUUUGUUAUUUUUUUUAAGAAGAAAAUGUCCAUACCAAACUUUCUUUGCAGAUUUUUUAAUGUAGUAUUGGUUUAAUUUGUUAUUUCAACUGCAAGUAAAGAUUUCUGUAAGAUCUCAACAUCUGUAAAAUUUCGUAAUAUUUGAAAUAUUUUAAUAGUAUGUCUCAUGCAUAUUCUAUACUCUAAUAUUUUACUAAUCUGCUAGAGACGGCAAAGUAUUAUUGUUGGAUUUGAAAUAAUUUAUUCAAAUAUUUUUCAUGCCUUGAGAAACUAUUUUUAAAAAGGCAUGCAGAUGAGGUCUAUCAAUAAUUUCCAAUCAUACUUAGACAUGUGAAGUGCAGUACCUUUGCCAAAGAACAAAAGUUCAAUUGAAAAUGUCAUUUGAGUGUUAUUAUUUAGAUGAAAAAGGAACAUGCGAAUAUAAAAUUUAAAUUAGGCCAAAAAAAAAGACAACCUUAAUUUGGUGUUAUGAACUGUUAUUGCAAACCAUUAGGAGGCGCUUCAGGCAUUCUGUUUCCACAGAAGUUUGGAUUUCUGCAUGAACAAGAAGUGCAGUAAUGAAGGUUUAGGCCUAAUAAUUCGAAGGAGUACGUCUAACAAUUCAUCUUGUAAAAUACUGUAUAACGGUAAAUGGAUUAUGUGUGUUAAAACCAAAUUCAGUGUUCAUGUGAACAUAACUUUACCUUUAGAAUGGAUACUUCAUACCUAAACGAAAUGACACAGUACCGUAGUUAUAAAAGGUGUAGAUUUUGAAUAAAAUUAUAUUAAUUUCGUGGGAAGACAAAAACAAGCACUUCUUCAGGAUCAAAAAUCUACAUCAAGCUAAGGUUGUUUUCUUGCCUAAAUUUCAAUGUCAUAUAUAUGUUACUAUCUCAUUAUGGUUCCAUCAUUUCAUGCUUAAAUAUUUUUAUGUCAAUCUGUUUUUUAUCAGGGCUUUGUAUAAUACAUCAUUAUUAAGAUCAGCCUCUUAGAUUGAUCGUAAUAAUAAUUGGACCAAAAUGAGCAUGAAACGUGUCUAGUAUCCUUUUCCUGUAUACAUAACACAAGAAAUAAGGUGAAACAUUAUAUGAAAUUUUAGCCACUGUGUUUAUAAUUGUGAUAGUGCCAGUGCUCACCAAUGACGGGAACACACAUUACCAAAACCACUGUGGUAUUUGCCUUAUGACCUCAUUGUUUAUGCCUCAGCUCUGGCUGAAGUAGCUUCUGGUAUAACAUUCCAUGAUAUAUCUCUUUCCAUCCUUCUGUGUACAAAAUUCAAUAAAACAUUUGUUUUAAAA